AUGUCAAGUGGUUCAAUGGAGGACGAGCUCAAGAAGGCGUUGUCUGAAUUUCCAGCCGAGAAGUUCCAUCAUUGCAGGGGCAUUGGCAAUGCAGAAGGCUUACUGGAGCUGAUGGCCGACCACGCUACCAUGCAGAAACUUCAGAGCUUUUGCCAGGCCAGCCAGCGCUUUGACGCAAUGGUGGAGGAAGAGAUGUCAGAAAAUCCUGAAGGGCAGCUUCCACAGAUUUCAGAAGCCACCGAAGUGAACCAGCUCAUGGAUUCAAUGACCUCUUUUUUCCAACGGCGAACCAAAGAGUCACUGGAGGUCUUGCGUGGCCAGCUGGCCGCCUACAGCAAGUGGGGAAAUGGAGGGAACUUCCAGAAGGAUGUGAGCACCAUCCAGGUGAUCAUCAAGAAUGCAGUUCCGGUGUUGCAGAUGCUCAAGGUGGAUGGGUGGGAAAAGGUGGACGCAGCUGCAGCAGUUGAGCCGAUGAUGGAGCUCCUCAAGGCGUUUCAGGACUGCUUUCCAGUGGUGCAGAAGAUUGAGCAAGAGCUCACGCUUGAUGGAUUCAUAACCUGCUCGGCAGAGUUGGUCAAAGUAGUUUCUGGGCAACACCUCCGCUCUUUGAAAGAAUUCCAAAGCUCUGCGCCAGAAGGGUGUCCUGACGCAUGUCUGGACUUCAUCAGUUUGAUUGUGAAGGCAUUCGAUGAAGUUGCGAUGAAACCUAAGACCUGGGUAGCAUGCCUGCUCCAGCAGGGACGCGCGCAGGAUCUUGUGGAUCUGAAGGCUUCAGUGAAAGCAAGCCUAGGAGGUCCUGUGCAAGACAUUUGCAAUGGUGCAGAAAUCCUUUUGAAGUUUGAUUCCAAGGAGGGCAUCCUGUCCAAAGCAAGCUAUGAGAGCAAGUCCGAUGUCAAGGAAGCACUGAUGUCCUUGAUGCAGCUGAAAAGCUUGCAGACCGAUGAGCUCAUCAAGUGUUUGCCAGACACAGUCGACAAGUACAAUGCUGCGAAGGGCAAAAUCAGCCAGUGCAUCUCUGACCUUGCUGCGAACAUGAAAGCUACGAAAACGGAGUGCCUCCCCUUCCACCAGAAGUUUUCCAAAGUGCUGGAGUGCUGCUCCACUUGGGAUUUCGGUGAGGUUGGCGACCUGAUUGACAACACCGACUCCGAAAAUGGCAAGCUAGUUGAAGCAGCGAUGAAAGGGAUCAUGCCAGGUCUUGCUAAGAUCCAAGACGCGGAGGAGCUACUUUCCACAGUUGUUGCUUGGCUUCCUAGCAAGGACUCGUUGGGACUGGAGGAGAAGAUGUUCGGAGCAGUCAAUGAAGCUAUGACGAGUUGGCCGACCGCAUCCAUGCUUGGUUUGGACAUUCUAGCCCCGAUGGCAGUUGAACUUCUGCUUCGUGAGCAUGGUGGGGCCAUUGACAAAUGCUCUGAGAUUCUGGUGGGCAUUGAUUCAUUGCAGAAAUACGCUGCCAAGACCCUGAAGAUCAACCGAAAGGAUUGGCCAAAGGUGAUUUCCGACCGCGCGGAGAAGGCGGUCAAGGACUGGACAGAGCGGGAGAAUGCUUUGGCAUGCAGGUAUCGGCUUUUGUAUGCAACCUUCUUCUGUGUAGCUGCAAAGUUCAGCAGCAGAUGA